AACAAAGGCAAACCUUGUCCGAGAAAGUUGUCAGUGUCGGAGUGAGUCGCAACGCGUUUCGUUGGCGAAUCCAAAUUAAUGUGCUUCCACUCGAAUAUACAUGCAAAUCGGCGAAAACAGUUUAAUUCGAGUGCCAUGCCAAAUCAAAGCAAACAAAGCACCAAACAUCUCUUGACAGGCAACUCAAAUACCUAGCACACUAAACACCAAACAACUCUAAAAACCAAAUCAAACCAAUUAAAUUCAGACCAAACCAAACCGAAACCAAGAAACCGAUCAAUCCCACAGAAGCCAUCGCAGCUAUAGACCUCCACACCGAAGGGAGUGAGAGUGUGCGAUAGAAUGGUGUUCGCGUCCGUUGUGGUGUGCCAGGUGGAGAAAUUGAUCUGCAUGCCAAUCAGCUUUGCCGUAUUCGCCUUCCUGUUCAUGGCCUGCGCCAUGGAGGUGGUUCUGCUCAAGAUGACCACCAGUGACCCGGUGUUCGGGCGGCCUCCCGACGACGGCGACGAGGCCGGGGACGACGAGUCCGAGGAGCAGAUCUACUACGAGAAUCUCGGUAACAACUACGAGCACUGGGCACGCCGUCGGAUGCGAUUCCACCAGCGGCACCAGCAACAGCUCCAGCAGGAGGAGAGCCAACGGCAACAGCUGCUCGUAUAGCUGUAGCUGCAGCAUUGCGAAUCGGUUGGGUAUCGGUUAUGACUGGUUUCUUCUGUUUUCGAAAUUAUAUGGUGUAUAGUAUAUGGAUAUGGAGAGGAGAGAGUUAUGAUUUCGUUUGUAAGCGAUUUCAAAACGAGACAUAUUCAAAUGUUAAGUUGAGCAAAUUGUUUGUGAUUAAUUUUGAGCACGUUGUACCACAACUUCCACAACACACAACAAAACAAAACACGACUCAUGCAUGGAUACGAUUAAGUGAGAACUGAAUGCAUAUCUAGAUAUAAAAGUAGAUAUAUCUGUAAGUACAUACAUAUAAGUAUGUGCAUAUGUCCUACGAGAAUAGUUUGUAAGCCGUGUGAUAUGCUUAGUUAUUCGAUACCUACAUACAUAGAUCCUAAGUGACGCGAAUAAAUCUGGCUAUAAAACUCAA